UUAUCGACUAAUUGGAGUUGUUUCGCGAAUUAACGAAAACUUCUUGACGUAGAUUGAGAAAUUUCAUGCAAUUUUGUUUACAACGAGGGGGCGUGGCGGUUGCGAUUCGCUGCAAUCGCAGCGCCAAAAUCUGAUCAGUUUUGAAAGUUGCGAAAGGAACGUGCUCGAUCAAUUACAUUCAGAGGUUGCUAUGGUGAUGAAGAAAACCAGAAAACGUCAGACAUGUUCUGAAGAAAAAUAGAGAAUAAAACGAAUCCGUAAAUUUUUAACAAAAUGAGCAAAAAGACGGGUAGAAAAGUGAUCUGCUUGUCAAAAAAUGAUAUUUUGCGUCUUCAGAACUGCGCCAGCAGCAGAGACGACAAAGAGAUUCAGUAUCAAGAAGACGACGAAAAUUGUGUCGAAAAUGAACAAGUUAAAGUUUUGGCAUGGCCAGAAAACAAGCAAAGAAGUAAAAUUAGCACACCUGAGAGUUUGGAAGCGCAAAUCGAAGCUGAGCACUAUUUAGCGAGAGCCAAACAAAUGCAGCUAGAGCAGGAGGACGAGGUCAAAAGAGCAAAUAAAAUCAUCCUCGCUACCAAGUGUCAAGCAAUUCGCGACGCCCAAAUGGCUGAAAAAGAGCAACUUAUGAGAGAUUUUCGAGCUGAGGAGGAAAGACUUGACAGGAUGAUGGAGGAAGAUAGAAAAAAAGGGGUGCAGUCGUUGGCAAAGAAAAAAGAGCAAGUGAAAAUCCGGCGCGGAAAAUACGUGCAAAAUUUGGUCGAGCAAAUAACUGAAAACGACAUGAAAAAGUUGAAUGAACAAGAGACUUACUUGAAGGAAAGUAAAAAAUUGCAAGAGCUGCAUAAGCAGCUUGACAUUCAAGAGUUGGAGAACAAAAAGAAAAGGGCCGAGGAGCAGUUGAAAAUCAGGAAAGAGCUCAAUAAAAUGAAUGAAACCAUCAAAUAUAGAAACCAGCUGGAAAAGGCUGAAGAAAAAUUAGCCAAUUUGAGGAUUCAGCAAUACAUGCAGGAAAAAGCUGCGCGCGAAGCGGAGCGGGACGAGAAAAAGCGAAAAGCGAAAAUCGCGCAGGAGCUGGAAAUCGCCAGGUUGAGAGCCUGUCAGGUUAGGCAACAAGAGGUACAGGCGAAAGCAGUCGCAGAGGCAGUUGAAAGGGAACAGGAAAUCGUCGCCAGAGCUUGGAGAGCUAAAGAAUUGGAGACUGCAAAAAAGAGGAUGCGAAUGGAGCGAGAUUUGAGAGAGGCCAGAGCGAAACAGGCUGAAGAGAAAAAGAGGCUGAAAGAGUUGGAAAUGGAGAGAGAAACCAAAGAAGUAGAAAUGUUGCUGAAAAAGAUGGAAGAGGACAAACAGAAACAAAGUGACGAAAAAGUAAAACACGAAAAGGAAAUGCUGCGAUAUAGAAAAUCUUUGCAUGAACAAAUGCUGGAAAAGAAAAAGAGGAUGGAAACGUUGCGCGUGCAAAAGCAAUUGGAAGCGCGAGAAGAAGUGGAAAGACAAAUGGCCAAGAAAUCAGAUCUGAAAGGAAUCCUUGAAAUGAAGCUCAAAGAUUUAAAGAGUCACAGGGUUCCUGAGAAAUAUGUAAUUGGCGUGCAAAAGCAACUCGGUCUAUAAUAAAAAAAUUCAAAUUCAAGCAGUUGUGGAAAAGUGCGACUACCAAAUUAUAAUAAUUAUGUUUGGUUUUGGAAACUUCCGUAGAGCUUUAAAAUGACAC